GCUCAGAGUGAGCGUUAGAGGGCUUUCCUCAACCACCCGCGCCUGUUGAAACCCAGCUGCGCACGACAUCAGAGAGCUCUUAGACGUGUAGAUACACACCCAACCCUAAGGAGCAUUUUCCCUCGGCUGGCUGGUGAGCUGUGCUUGAGGCACCAUGCACCCUGCACCCAGUACCGUGUUGCUCCCAGUGCUGCUGCUGCUGACCCACAGACUGGAGGAGCUGGUGGAGGCGUGCAGCUGUGCCCCCGCGCACCCGCAGCAGCUCAUCUGCGACGCAGCUCUAGUGAUUCGAGCAAAAAUAACCAGCGAAAAGGUGGUUCCUGCCAGUGAUGAUCCUCUUGAUACCCACAAAAUGAUCCGGUAUGAAAUCAAACAAAUAAAGAUGUUUAAAGGAUUUGAAAAGCUCAAGGAUGUCCAGUAUGUCUACACCCCUUUUGAUUCGUCACUCUGUGGAGUGAAACUAGAAGCUAACAACAAAAAACAGUAUCUUUUGACAGGCCAAAUUUUAAAUGAUGGUAAAGUCCUCAUCCACCUCUGCAACUACAUUGAACCAUGGGAUGAUUUAUCCUUGUCCCAAAAGAAGAGUCUGAAUCAGAGAUAUCAAAUGGGCUGUGGCUGCAAAAUCACCACCUGCUACAUGGUGCCCUGUUCCAUCACGACACCCAACGAGUGCCUCUGGACAGACUGGCUGAUCGAAAGAAAGCUAUAUGGGCACCAAGCCAAGCAUUAUGCCUGCAUCAAGAGGAGCGAUGGCACUUGCAGCUGGUACCGAGGGGGUCCUCCCCCAGAGAAAGAGUUCAUUGAUAUCAGUGAACCUUAAAAUGGUCACUUCCUAAAAAGCCAUGGAGUCUAAUUCCAUCCGACAUUGCACGCUCACAGCUUCGAACUGCCAUCGUCUAAUCUAUCUGUUGCUUAGAAACAAAAACAAAUUGUCCCGUACAGCUAAAGUACGAGUCUGGGGAAUUGGCGCUCGCGCAAGAUGAGGAACAAAUCUCCUGGAGGUAGCUACUCUGUAAAGUUAUGCUUUGUACAGAGAGGCCCAAGCCAAGAAGGCUCCUCUGUGUCCUCUAAGGCAUAACCAGUUUCCCUUUUACCUAUAUGAAUGUACAAGAACAAAAGAAGUGCCAGAAUUUUGCCCCCUAUUUCUGUUAACCUACAGAUUAAGAGAGCCCCAUGUUUUACUCCAAAUCUUUCUGAUGAACUACGGAAUGUUUUAUAGAACUAUUUUUUUCUGUAUGAAAGUCUUCUGUUACAAAAGAAUUAUUGUACAGU